AUGAGGAUCGGUUGCCUUCAAUUCGCGCCGCAGGUCGGUGAUGUCGACAGUAAUCUCACUCGAGCCGAUGAGAUCCUGGCCAACGCCGACCCGGAGGGCCUGGAUCUGCUUGUGCUGCCGGAGCUGGCUUUCUCUGGUUAUAAUUUCAAGUCGCUGCAACACAUUUCCCCCUAUCUCGAGUCGCCCGCCUCCGGUAUCAGUUCACUAUGGUCGCGCUCCAUGGCGCUCAAGUACGAUUGCACCGUUGUUACAGGCUACCCGGAAAGGGUAGACACCGCCGAUAGCUGGCCCGCCGACCCCGAAUACUACAACUCCGCCCUUGUAAUCAGCGAUGAUGGAGAGACGGUCGCCAACUACCGCAAGGCCAACCUGUAUUAUACGGACGUGACAUGGGCGUUGGAAGGACCUGACGGUUUCUACCGGGGCCGUCUCCCCAAUCUUGGCCCAACCGCAAUAGGCAUCUGUAUGGAUUUGAACCCUUACAAGUUCGAGGCUCCAUGGGAUAAGUUCGAAUUUGCCCACCAUGUUUUGAACUCCGGUGCGCGGCUAGUGAUUGUGUCCAUGGCAUGGUCAACCCAUGAUGAACCCACCGUGUACAACCUUCAACCGCAAGAGCCAGAUACGUCGACGCUGAUGUACUGGAUCUCUCGCUUUGAGCCGGUUAUUCAGGCCAGGUUGGAUGAGGAAAUCAUCAUCGUUUUUGCCAACCGCUCAGGAAUGGAGAGCGAGGCUCUUUAUACCGGCACUAGCACGGUUGUGGGAAUCAAAUCUGGUGAGGUUCGCAUAUACGGGAUCCUUGGCCGGUGCGACAACGAGCUUCUGGUUGUAGACACAGACGCGCCGCCCUUUGCCAAACUCGUACAUCGGAUAGCAACGUCGGGCGUACUGGAGGAAGCUUGA